AGGGAAGGUACGUGUAGUGCAGGUACACUGGCGGUUGGGGCGAAUGACGGGAAGCAAUUCAUGAUAAGAGGAAAAGCGCUGAGCCUGUCGACGUUCGUCAUCGAAUUCUAUUCCUACCUUGUUCUACCCAACAACUUGAUUGAAAUAUCUUGCUUAAGUGGUCAGACUUAGCACCAACUCCUGCUUUCUACAUACUAUGUACUAUGUAAGGAGCAUACUGAGCAUCGGGAGCUAAAUAGCGCUAGCAACAGCCUUCCCCGUUCUUCGAUAAAUUGACGUAGAAGCUACAGAGAUAGCUCAACCUCCCCGCAUCCUGGCCAAUUCUUUGUCCUUGUCCGUCUUCUUCUACCAGCUCUUUGCUCUACUUAUUCGGCAGAUCCAGUUCUCGGCUUCGUCCAAUUCCGAAUACCCUGCAUCGUCACUUCUCCUCCGCUCGCUGCUGGGUCGCAGAUUCGCCGAAACCCGGCGCUGCAGAGCACGCGAUAUUGCAACACCGAUAUCGCCUGCGAGACUCACUGCGAUCCUGAUUCGGCUUCGUUUGUUCCACCACGCGAGGUAACCGGUACGGUACUCCACUCCUCCGUCAUGGCGGCCAUCCAUAUCUUCCGCUCAACGAGUGCUGCUCUUCCCCGACAUCUCUUUCGAAAACCCCUGAUCGCCAACAUGGCCAGCCGUCGCGAUCUCUCAUCCUAUCUAGUCACACCCAAAGAGCUAGCCGAAGCUCUCAAGACAAGCCCUCCCUCCCCUAUCAGUACUGAUCCGCGCGUUAUACCCCUCUGUGCCUCAUGGUUCAUGCCUAAUGAUCCUCGUACUGGCAUCGAGGCCUUCACUGAGAAGCGUAUUCCCAAGGCCCGCUUCUUCGAUCUCGACAAGGUCAAGGAUAAGCACUCGCCCUACCCGCAUAUGCUUCCCACCGCCAAGCAGUUCGCCCAGGCUAUGAGCGCUUUGGGCAUUCGCAAGGACGACACUGUCGUUGUUUACGAUCACCAUGAGGUUGGCAUAUUCAGUGCCCCCCGAGUUGGCUGGACACUUCGAGUCUUUGGUCAUCCUAAAGUACACAUUCUGAACAACUUCAAGCAAUGGGUUGAAGAAGGAUAUCCAACUGAGUCCGGCAACAUGUACACCAUCGAGUGCAAUCCUUAUCCCAUCCCCCAGCUUGAGGAGAGCAAGGUCGCCAGCUACGAGGAAGUACGAGAAGUGGCCGAGGACUACAACAAGGAGGGCGCCGAGGGAGUCCAGAUUCUUGAUGCACGGCCAAGCGGUAGAUUUACGGGUGCGGCUCCGGAGCCGAGAGAAGGAUUGUCAUCGGGUCACAUCCCAGGCUCAAUCAAUAUUCCUUUCGGCGACGUGUUGGACCCCACGACCAAGGCAUUCCUGCCAAAGGACCAACUGAGAAAGCUCUUUGAGCAGAAGGGGGUUGACCCCUCGAAGCCAAUCAUCUCGAGCUGCGGGACCGGUGUAACGGCGGCGGUCGUCGACACAGCCCUGGAGGAGGCUGGCUAUGGCUCAGCUGAGAAACGCAAAGUUUACGACGGUAGCUGGACGGAGUGGGCACAGCGCGUGCAACCUUCAGAUAAUCUGAUCAUCAAAGAUCCCCCGAAGGAGACAUAACCUAGUCUAAACUGUAGGUCAUUCCUUUCUCAAUGUCAAUCAUUCCUUAGCUAACUCUUAGGCGCAAAGAAAGAACCUCGAAAAAUAGAACA